AUGGGCGGCAACGGCUCCAAGAGCCAUGUCCAGGCCAUGCCAAGGCCGGAGGAGGACUCCCCACGGAAGUCGAUGUUCGAUGGUUUCGAGGUGUCCAAAGGCCUCACCAGCCGCACCAAGCGGGGCCUGGAGCCCGAGGAGCCCCGGCAGUUGGUGCGGUCCACGGAGACUGGCUAUGACAUCGAGGACGUGCCAGGCAACCGGAAACCUCUUCCGCCAGAGGCGAUGAGGUGGUUUAAGAACCGCAACGGUGAAGCCCUCUCUGGAUCCCUGGCCUUCGUCCCCUGGAUCGUGCAGCAGGCCUACCUCCAGGGCGACGUCUCCGAGGGCAACAUCGUCCUCCACCGUGGCUCUGGUGCGGUAGUCUUCUCUGACGCCAGCGGCUUUACAGCUCUCACGGAGCGACUGGCCAAGAAAACCAACGGAGCUGAGCUGCUGUCGCAGUGUUUGACCUCCUUCUUCACGCCCCUCAUUCAGAUGCUCAUCAACGCCUACCGGGGCGAUGUCAUCAAGUUCAGCGGGGACGCCUUAAUGAUUUAUUUCCCCGCGGUGGACGACACCCUCGUGGGUGAUCAGUCCAAGUUCAAGGUGCCGCCCCAUGGCUCCUACCACCAACCCGACAUCGGCCCUAUGGCCACAGCAGUUCUGCGAGCGUGCGCUUGCUGCAUCGAGAUCCAGAAGCGGCUGCACAUGUUCGACACCGGGGUGGACGGGGUGCGCCUUUGCCUGCACAUCGGCUUGGGAUGCGGCGAGAUUGCGAUCCUCCAAGUCGGCGGCGUGGAGCCGCCGGAGACGCACAUCCCCCGGUCCGAGUAUAUCAUCGCAGGUGCUCCCCUGGAGCAGAUCUCCAUCGCGGAGCCCUUGGCCAAGAACGGGGAGACCUGCCUGAGCCCACAAGCCUGGGAGCACGUUCAGGAGUAUGUUUUGCCGGACAAGAGCAGAGAGCUAGACAACCCUUUGUUCCACCUCCUGCUGAAGCUGGACGAGUCAAAGUUCACCUUCCCUACCGUCAAGGCUUCGGCCCAAGAGAGGGACACACGCAAGGGUCAGCAGUUCACCAUCACAGAGCUGGACAUCAUCCGGAAGUUUGUUCCCUCGGCGGUCUUCAAGCAGAUCGAGGAUGGAACUCUGACCUAUGUCAAUGAGAUGCGCAACAUCUCCACGCUCUUCAUCUCUUGCUCCGGCGUGGACGUCAGCCGGGAUGACGGUGCCAACAUCGCCCAAGAGCUUAUGGCUGCAGUACAGCGAAUUUGCUACGCCAACGAGGGCACCUUGAACAAGUUCCUGAUCGAUGACAAGGGGAUGCUUUUUCUUCUUGCCUACGGUCUGCCGCCAUUGGUGCACACAGAUGAUGCCACCAGGGCGGUGCUAUCUUGCUUCGACAUCGUCCAGGCCUUUGAGAAGCUGGGCCUCAUCGCCCGCUGCGGGGUCUCCACGGGCCGGGCCUACUGCGGGGUGUGCGGCAGCGCGGAGCGCAUGGAAUACACAGUGCUUGGAGAUGCCGUCAACUUGGCCGCGCGGCUGAUGGCAAAUGCGCCAGCAAACGGGAUCCUCAUCGACGAGAGCACCAGGAUGCGGUGCACGGUGGAGCUGGUGUGCCACGACCUGAAGCCCAUCAAGGUCAAGGGCAAGGAGCAGUCAGUGAAGAUAUUCCGUCCUCAGCUGGCCGAGUGCAAUCCCCACGUAGGCGUGGGUCCCGGCGGGCAGAUCCUAUUUCCCUGGUACGACCGCAGCCUGACGGCCGGUGAUCUCGCUGGCGACAAGUCGGCGCUGGCAGAGGUCUUGCAGUCCAACGUGCAGAAGCUUUGCGCCCUGCCCGACUGGCCGGCUGUUUGCAAAGUCCAGAGAUGGCUCGGGGGGCCCUACGAGGACUUGCACGAUGGGCCCCCGGUGGCCACCAAAACCAGCGGCCGGGUGGAUCCGCUCCCCAGCGCGUCGCCCUUCGGCUCUGGGGGCUCCGUGGUGCUGCAGGGCCCAGCAGGCCUGGGGAAGAUUGAGCUGGCCCAGCACAUAGUGGUCUAUGCUGCGCAGAAGAGAGGCACUAUGCCGGUUAUGGGCACCAUGGGACCGCGUACGCAGGACCUGGCGCGGAUGGGGCACGAGUUGGUGCGGAGCUGCCUGGGCGCAUACCGCCACUCCGUGGAGCCUACGCUGCCGGAGGAGGACGCUUUGGCGCUGAGUCAUUUGCUGCCCAACCUGAGCAACUCAGAUGUGAUUGCCAAGCAUCUGCUGGACGUCCAGAAUGGUUCAGUACACGAAGAUGUGCGCAUGACGGUCCUGCAGGAGCUGGUGGAUGUGGCGGUGGGACUCAUCGAGAAGCUCCGGGCCCAUGUGGCCGUCAUCGUGGUUUGCCAGCUCGAGUUUGGCACAACGCUUUUCCCGAAGACGUUGCAGUACUUCAAUUGCUUUUACGAGAUCAUCGGCAAGUUCAUGCGAAUCGCGGAGGACAAGGGCAGCCACCCCGUCACCCUGAUGACCCUUUGCAAAACCCCAGAUCCCAGCCUCGAGUUCGUUAAGGCCUCCGCGUCAAAGGGCUGGCUGUUGGACCUCACUGGGCUCUCCGAGGACAUUUGCCAGGAGUACAUGGCCUCACAUCUUGAGGUGCCUCUGGGCGCUGUACCGGAGACCGUGGUGAGCUUUGUGUCCAAGAUUUCCUUGGGCAACCCGCUCUACAUCAGAGAAGCGCUGGGCCAGCUGCUGGCAGAUGGGCACAUCAACGUGGCGCGGCCGCCGGGCGCCGAGGCAGUGGUGGAGCAGAGUACGGAGGACUUGGACACGGUGGAGAUCUCCGAUUGGUCCCACACGGCCAUGGUGGGUGAGACCAUGUGCCUCUUGGAGUCUUUGGACCCCCUGCAGGCCGCAGUGCUGAAGAUGAGCACGGUCUUCACAAGCAACUUCUCGCUCCAGGACCUGGCUUCCAGCUCCUGCUCGAGGUGGUCGGGUUCGAACUACUUCGACUACAUGCGGCUACUCCAUGCCGUCUCGGAGUUGGAGAAGCGAGGCAUCCUGGAGAAGCAGGCUUUGAAAAGAAAGCUCGACGCAGGGCCAUUGUUGGUCAGGAGCCACUCCAUGCUCACAGGCCGCCGAGGGAGCCGCACUGGAGGGAAGAAGGGGGACUUCAGUCGGUCCAAGGACAAAGAUAGCGCCGCUCGCGAGCUUCAGAUGUUCGAGAUGAAGAACCUGCUGAUCCGCAAAGUCGGCGGCUCCAUGCUUUUGGAGGCCCAGAAGAAGAAGGUGAAGCGGCAGGCGCUCAUCGAACGCGCAUUGAACCGUGAUCUACCUUCCAGACUGGAAGAGCUUGAGAAAAAGAAGAAGGAGCCGCACAUACCCUGGUAUUACGAGAACAUCUUGACCAGAACCUGA